GAAGUGGCAGUCAGAUUGUAAACAGACGGCCAGCAUCCAUCUUUUCCAGUGGAGAAGAGUAUUAUUUUAGCGAAUCAACAUGGGGGCAGUUCUUGGAUUAUGCUCCAUGGCGAGUUGGAUCCCCUGUCUAUGUGGUAGCGCCCCCUGUCUGCUGUGCAGGUGUUGCCCCAGCGGAAACAACUCCACGGUGACCCGACUCAUCUAUGCCUUCUUCAUGCUGAUGGGGGUGGGCAUCGCCUGCAUCAUGCUCAUGCCUGGCAUGGAGAGCCAGCUCAAGAAGAUCCCAGGGUUCUGUGAGGGAGGGAUGGGGACGUCCCUCCCUGGGGUCGAAGGUCAUGUGAAUUGUGAUGUCCUCGUCGGCUACAAGGCUGUGUACCGCGUGUGCUUCGGUAUGGCCAUGUUCUAUCUCCUCUUCUCCCUCCUCAUGGUGAAGGUCAAGAGUAGCCAAGACCCACGAGCAGCCCUCCACAACGGAUUUUGGUUCUUCAAAUUUACUGCAGCCACUGCCAUCUCCAUUGGUGCAUUCUUCAUUCCUGAUGGAGCUUUCACUACAGUGUGGUUCUACAUUGGCAUGUCCGGAGCCUUCUGCUUCAUCCUGAUCCAGCUGGUCCUGCUGAUCGAUUUUGCCCACUCCUGGAACGAGGCCUGGGUGGAGAAGAUGGAGGAGGGUAACUCGCGCUGCUGGUAUGCAGCUCUGCUGUCAGCCACAGCAGUGAACUAUGUCCUGUCUCUGGUGUCCCUGGUCAUGUUCUACAUCUACUACACCCAUGCUGAUGGCUGCACUGAGAACAAGGUCUUCAUCAGUGUCAACAUGCUGCUGUGUGUGGGCUCGUCCGUCCUCUCAAUCCUGCCACAGAUCCAGGAGUCUCAGCCCAGGUCAGGUCUGCUGCAGUCCUCCCUGGUCACCCUCUACACCAUGUACCUCACCUGGUCAGCCAUGACCAACGAGCCUGACAGGAAUUGCAACCCAAGUCUGCUGGGCAUCAUCGGGCUGAACAGCACAAGCCCAGCCGGCCAGGACCACGUGGUGCAGUGGUGGGACGCCCAGGGCAUUGUGGGAUUGAUCCUCUUCCUGAUGUGUGUCCUCUACUCCAGCAUCCGUAACUCGUCCAAUGCCCAGGUGAACAAGCUGACUCUGAACACUGACGAGUCUGCCCUGAUUGAGGACGGGCCGCACCCAGAGAACUUUGAGGAGGGCGACGGCCAGAACAGAGCUGUGGACAACGAGAAGGACGGGGUCACCUACAGCUACUCCUUCUUCCACUUCAUGCUCUUCCUGGCCUCCCUCUACAUCAUGAUGACCCUCACCAACUGGUACAGCCCUGAUGCCAAGUACGAGACGAUGACCAGCCGCUGGCCGUCGGUGUGGGUGAAGAUCACCUCCAGCUGGAUCUGCAUCGCCCUCUACGUGUGGACCCUGGUGGCUCCCCUGGUCCUCGUCAACCGAGACUUCGACUGAGGGACGACCUCCCCCCCCCCCCCCUACCCAUCACAGUUGAAUCUAGUAUGACCCGGGGCCUGUUCAGGGAGGAGGAGGGUUCUGGAAUGUUAUAGAUAGGCGCGUGUUCUACGGAUUAGUAUUUCUGCAUUUGGAAAUAGGAACACAUGGAGUUUAGGCCGUGCUUUAGAAGGUGAUGAUUCCAUUCGGAAAGUUCUGGAACACUUUGCAUCUCUGAACACGCCUCUGGCACUCAUCUCCAUCACCCACUAACUCCCAGUCAUUGUGAAUACUCAGCCUAGUGUUUGGUGAAUGUUCCCUGCUGCCAUUGUAAAUAGUGUAUGUUCAUUCCCCCCAGUAGUGACUUUCACCAAGUUACUUCUGCAGUCUUAUUUUUUGUCUUUUAACAAAACUGCAUGCGAUUGAUUUUUGUACUUGGGUGUUAAGAUUAUGUAACACGUGUUUGAAGAUGUGUUUGCAAAGUUGGCAAUUUGCAGUGUUGGGCUUUUUUGUUGUUGGUAAGAGGGUACGGCUUAUAGGAUGGACAGAAAGCUGAGUGGUGGAGCUUAAAUCUCUCCCUUCUCUGAUUGGUUUAGGGAUUGACAAAUUCAGGAAGAGCCAUGUGUGUAUUAAAAUGUAAAAAACACAUAAUAUCACUUUAAAAGCUUACAUUUCAGUCAUGUGUCCAUGCUAGUUUAUAGAUGUGAAGUUCAGGAUUUCAGAUUUAACCUAGGUAUCAUUUUAGUUUGUGAGGGCAUGAUCAGUUUAAUGGUAAGUAGCAUUUGCAUGAUCUAGUAUUAUCUGUAUCCUCGCUUUGCUGUGCCCCUUCCCUUUGAAGAACUUCAAUCCAAACCUGAUCUUUCCUUUUUUGCUAAUUGCACAUCUUAGCAGUGGCUGUAGGUCAAUUACUUACUUAACUUCCAAGUUCCGUAUGUGUUUUUAGGAUUUGCACUGGAGUUUUUAAUCGUAAAAAAAACACAAUAAAAUACUGAUGUUUAAACAGCAGAUAAGUUAUUUCGUAGGUGCUUGAAUAUAGCUGCGAUGUAUUCAGUGUUUCUAGAAGACUGAUCAGCGACAUGUUCAAACCCGGCUUUUACUUUUGUGUUGUGUUCUUGCCUUUUGUCAUGUAAGUGCAUCGAAUAAAGAUUAAAAGGCAACCACUU